AUACAUGCGCCAUAUCUGCUGCCGGCCGGCGAGAUUGUUUGCACUUUGUAUAGGGACAUACACGGCAACCGUGCUUGCUCUGUUGCCGCGGUCGAGCUAGUGACCUUUCCUGAACCAUGUUAGGAGGUCGGUUGGGCCUGGUGACGGGCGGCGGCAGCGGCAUUGGAAGAGCCGUCUGCGCUGCAUUGGCCAUGGACGGGGCCAGGGUGGUCAUCGCCGACGUCAACAAGCAGAUGGCACUCAACACGCUCAAGACGCUGCCAAACGAGAAUGAGCACCAGGCCAUCGAAGUAGAUGUUGGCGAUUCCAAGUCGGUGAAGCGGCUUUUCAGCGAAAUUCGCCGCCUGUACAGUUCCGCACCUUCCCUGGUCAUCAAUUCAGCCGGAUGCUUGAGCCACAGUUUCUUGCUCAACACCGAAGAGAGCGCAUUUGACGAAAUGGUUCGCGUGAACCUCAAGGGUACAUUCCUCAUCACGCAAGCAGCGGCCAAAGAAAUGGUCGAGGACAAGCUCAAGGAGUGUUCCAUCGUCAACAUCUCCACCGUUCUCGGCACCACGGGAUUCCGAAAAAUGUCCUGCUACGUCGCAGCCAAGUCCGGAGUCAUCGGCUUCACGAAAUCCGCAGCGUUAGAGUUGGCCCAGUUUGGCAUCCGCUGCAACAUUGUGCUGCCCGGCAUCACUCACACACCGCUGCUGUCUCCCCUGGACGAAGAGACCAUUCAGGCUCUAGUGAAGCGUUCAGCUCUGCAGCGCGAAGGGACACCCGAAGACAUAGCCAGCGUAUGUCUCUUCUUGGCGUCGCCCAAGAGUUCGUAUAUCACAGGAGCUGCGAUAGAAGUCGCUGGAGGCGUGAACGCAUGAGUUGUGUCCGUUUACCGGAUGUGAAAUUUGUACAGGGUGUGUGCAGAAAAACAUGACCCGCAUUUUUACAUGUAACUCGUUGUCUACUUAGCCGAGGAACUUCCGGUGGCGCACGAUGUUGUAUUUAUGCGUGCGAAAGCUACAAAAAAAUCCUGGAAGCCAUACUCAGUGUACAAAAAUAAACAGAGCGCGAAAACAUGAGCUUCCAUGCAUUAGAAUAGGGCGGUCAUGAUAGUGCAUGGUAGUGCAUUUCGGUCUCACGAGAGUUAUGUGCAGGCACCGCUAGAGGUACUGCCGAUGAGCAUCCAUGAUGUGGGACAUCGUUCCGAUUUAGGCACCGAUAGCGCCCCUAGCGGGACUUGAACACAACUCUCCUACGUUCACCAUGGUGCCCUUUCACAUACACCCUGUUGUCCACCAUGUUGCCCUAUUCUGAUGCACGGAAGGCGACGUUUUGGUUGUUCCGUUCAUUUUUUAAGCUGAGUAUGGCUUCCACAAUUUUUCUGCAGAUUUCGCAGGCAUAAAUGUGCCAUCGUGCGCCACCGGAAGUUCGUUAGUUAGGUAGGCAACAAGCCAUGUGCCUAAAUGCGGGUCAUGUUUUUCUGCACACACCCUGUACAUGACAUCGAGAUGUAUGUUUCGGCAUUGAUAUCGAAAGGUCCAAAAAUAAAAUACUCCCGUGAAAUUCA